GUGGCUGCUUUGGUCGUUGGUUGAUCAGUUUUUGGUUCGCAGUUUCUCGUUCAUCAUCUGCUCCUCUUGGACACCUUCCAAGGAACUUUGCUGGAAAACGGAAGUUGUGUUGAGGAAGAGGAAGAAAAUUCGUUUUCUAAAUAAAAAUUGCUUUCACGUAUUUCCUGAAAAAACAAGAUCUUAUCGAAAAUUCGAAGAUGUCGAAUCUCAUGCGUCUGGUAGUGAACAACUACCACGAAAUCUUGGAAACGAACAAAGAAAUCAAUGUAGACUCAUGGGCAAUGAUGGGGUCACCUGGUCCCAUGCUAUGCAUCGUGGGGACGUACUUGGCAUUCGUUUUGAAAGUUGGACCGAAAAUGAUGGAAAAGAGACCAGCCUUCCAAUUAAACUCCUUGUUGAUCAUUUACAAUGCGUUCCUAGUUAUCUUCAGUAUCUGGAUGAGCGCUGUGCCGGCAAUCUACCCCGGUUUGAAACGUUUGCUCUUCUCACCAAAAUGCAGUAAUUCGAAUCGAGUUCAUAGAGACACGCAGGUAGAAGCAGCGUUGGCAAAUUUGGCAUGGUGGUAUUUUGUAGCGAAGAUCAUUGAACUUCUAGACACGAUAUUCUUCGUUCUCCGAAAAAAGCAAAACCAGGUCACUUUUCUUCACGUCUACCAUCACACCAUGACAUCCGUGUUCUCGUGGUGCUACCUCAAAUUCUUACCUGGAGAACAGGGUGCUAUACUCGGUUUCCUAAAUUCUACCGUGCACAUCGUUAUGUACGCGUAUUACCUGAUCGCAGCUCUGGGACCGAAGUACCGAAAGUACCUGUGGUGGAAGAAGUACAUGACUGGAAUUCAACUGACGCAAUUCGCCCUUAUGUUUGGCUAUCUGACGAUGAUCCUCGUGAUGGACUGUAAACUGCCUAAGGCGCUCACUUACUUCUUCAUUACCAAUGUGGUAAUCUUUAUCUACCUCUUCAGCGACUUCUACCGAAAGGCUUACAAGAAGAAACAACUUUAAUAUUCUUCGAUUCAAUAAUUUCCUAUCAAUCUUCACCGACUUUCUGAACUUAACAGUACGUUAAAUAAUAUGGAAGUGACCGACAUCUGCCAAAAGAAGAAACGUAAAAUAUUUAGAAACUGGUUAAACUUGUCAAACAAUUUUAUUAAUAGAAAAGUGGUAGAUGGAAUCAAUAAGAGAAGCAAAGAAGAGAAGAAGGUAACUUGAAGAACGUGUUCAAGAAACGACCUGAUCGUCCCAAUUAGGAAGAGAUCGGGUUUCAACUUCGUGGGAGAUGGUUUCAGUGCAUUGGGCACAAAAUCUGGAGACGUAACGGGGUCUUUCAAAAUGUGGGUCAACAGGUCCAGCGGUAACACGUUGUUUGAAGAGAGACAAGUCGAACCAACGGAAAAGGACAGAAAAAGAAGUGUCUUGACCAGACCCAAAUUGCUCGAGGCUGUAGUCACUACAAGAAGUGGGCUACGACCGAAAAAUAAAAAGUAGAAGAAAAGAAGAACCCGGAUAUUGCCAUCGGGCUUCGAUGGCACUAAAGAACGGCACUGUUUCUUCGUCAACAAACGACCCAAUCUUUUACAAACGUAAACCUGUUUCAGUGUAAUAUUUAAUUUUUCGGUAGAUUGUGUUUCUUUCACUUAAUAGAAUUAUUUAUAAAUUGUAAAUUACGUCGAUUUGUUCGAAAAGUUCAAUACUAACUCAUAGACAACUCAAUAUGCCCGCGUGGAUAUAAGUUGCUCCAGAGUUAAAUAUUCGAACAUAUCGGAUAACGUUUUGUAGUAUUUUGAACGAAUCGACGAAUUUCAUAACAAAACACAUACAUCUGACACGUUCGACGUCGCGUAACUGGGAUUGAAACACUACUGUCGAUCGUGACACUUGUAUUUUGCAGUUAAGAUAUGUAAAUAAACGUAACAGUGUUAUUUAUUGAA